AUGGAGAUGGAGACCGCCGCCCCCGCCGCCGUUACAGCAACGUGCACGUUCGUGCACGAGCGCGCCCCCGCCGUCGCCGCCGCCGUUUCCGUGGCCCCUCCCUCCAGCGCGAGCAGAGCCGUCAAGAGGCCACCGCGCUCGAGCUCGCCGGAGCUGCUGCGCUGCAAGCGGAGACUGACGUUCAGCGGUCUGGGCUACAGCCUCCCUCAGCAGCAGCCCGUGGCCGUGGCGCGGCGCAACGAGCGCGAGAGGAACCGGGUGAAGCAGGUCAACAUGGGCUUCCAGACCCUGCGGCAGCACGUGCCCAACGGCGCGGCCAACAAGAAGAUGAGCAAGGUGGAGACGCUGCGCUCGGCCGUGGAGUACAUCCGCGCGCUGCAGCAGCUGCUAGACGAGCAUGAUGCCAUCUCGGCCGCCUUCCGCUGCGGCGUGCCGUCCCCGAGCCUGUCCCACAGCUACUCCGCUGAGCCCGAGUCUCCGCACUCCUCCUACUCCUCGGACGACGGCAGCUACGAGCAGCUGAGCUCCGAGGAGCAGGAGCUGCUGGACUUCACCACCUGGUUCGACAGAUACUGAGCGGCUCCCUCAGCCGAGCCGAAGGAGAGGGGCAGGAGAGGGAGAACCGUGCUUUCCCGGUCGCCCGUGCGGCAGAGGAGGACGCGUCCUGUUAGCCUACUGGAGCUGUGUUCGGAAAAGUUACCACUCGCUCCCUCACUACGCCCCGUUUAAACGAGUCUGUGCAGUUCACUAUCUAGUGAACCGGCCAGGGAAACAAGGCGACGAUUUGGGACGCAGCCUUCCAUGACGCUCUGUGCCGGUAACCUAGCAACCAGCAUCGACAGACUGGGCUGGCGAGCAAAACAAACCAGCUCGCUAGCUGGAAAAGUAUCAUAAACUGACCAAAACAGAUGAUUUAUAUAUCUAAAAAGUUGAUCAAAGCACAGUCUAAUGUCAGCUCAGCUUAAACAUCUCAGCUCUUGCCAAGUUUCUAAUGUUAACAUGAAGUGAAUGUCUUCGAAAUUGGCUAAAAAAUGAAAGCUAUGUGUGUUUGCAUACUAAAUUCCUGACCACUUGUCAGGUGACUCGCCUUUUCUAGUCACACUCCUUUACAGUGGGCUAAGGCCGUGAAAACUGUAGUGCAGCCUACAACUUUUGAGAAUUGGGACACCACUACAAAGCAGCUGACGCGCACUUAAACAGUGCACUAUUUCUCUAGAGGGGAGUGAUUCUGAACAAAGCCUUCUGUAGAGGCGAACUGUUUAGCAGCUUCACGAGUCUCUCGUCCUCUUCUGCGAGAGAAACGGGGAUUUUCAAACGUCGCAAGUUCAACGUGUCAAGGAUAAAAGGGACUCUGGAGAAGCCUGGGCAGAAAGAUUCGAGCUGAUAAGUGCAAUUAUGGACUUUAUGUUGAUAACGUGGCGUCUCUUUGUAACUGUUUUUAACGAGCAGCGACGGAAAGCUGUGGG